UAUCAUGAUCAAUUACAGAUCUCUGAUUAACACACCAAUUCCGUUUCUUUGAAUUAUCUUGGCAUGCGCAUUAGCUAUCCAAUUAGUUUAGAGAUCAGUAGUUGUAUCUUGUGUCAUUUUCAUAGUUGGAAAUAUCAAUGCUUAUUUUUAUGAUAUUUACAUGUUUGUUACUUAAAUAAAUGGACGUUAUUAAGUGACACCGUUACUUUUUUAAGCCUUCAAUAAUCGAAAAUUGUCUCGUUGCAUAGUUACUUCAACAAUAUAUAUUAAUUUUAAUUCGAAAAAUAGUGCCAAAUAAUUGAAUUAUUAUUCGAAAUAUUUUAUGUAUAACCUAAAAGAUGAACUCUUUUUUUUAAUACCUAGUGGUAGUUUAAUUAACAAAAAAUUAGUUUCAACAUCAAUCAAUUUAUCGGUCAAUCAACUCAAUUGAAUGAAUUUUAACUGAAAUCAGAAUAAUGAAAAAUUGAAACAUAAAUUGUCGAAUAGUCAAAUUCUCAAAUCCAAACUAUGGCUCCAGUACCAUUAGAAGGACAUCAAACUCCUAUGGCUAAUAACAUGCCACAGGAAGGGAAUCGCGGAGGUUCCAUAUCGCUUGGAAUGCUAAUUGAUUUCAUAAUUCAAAGGACUUAUCAUGAAUUAACUGUUCUCGCAGAGCUGUUACCUCGAAAAACAGACAUGGAACGAAAAAUUGAAAUUUACAACUAUUCUGCAAGAACAAGACAACUAUUUGUUAGAUUAUUAGCGUUGGUUAAAUGGGCGAACAGUGCUUCGAAAGUCGAUAAGUCCGCACACAUCAUGGCUUUUCUCGACAAGCAGUCUUUACUAUUUGUAGAUACUGCUGAUAUGUUAGCACGAAUGGCAAGAGAAACAUUAGUUCACGCAAGACUUCCAAAUUUCCAUAUACCUGCAGCAGUAGAAGUUCUCACAACUGGAACUUAUAGUCGUCUUCCAACAUGUAUUAAAGAAAAAAUAGUUCCGCCUGAUCCAAUAACCGCUAUAGAAAAAAGAACAACAUUACAAAGAUUAAAUCAAGUUAUACAACAUCGAUUAGUAACAGGAAAUUUACUUCCGCAAAUGCGUAAUUUAAGAAUAGAAACAGGAAGAGUAACGUUUCAUGUGCAACAAGAAUUCGCCGUUUCUCUGACGGUAAUGGGUGAUGGAGCAAAUAUACCAUGGCGACUAUUAGACCUUGAAAUACUUGUAUCGGAUAGAGAAACUGGAGAUGGAAAAGCUUUAGUUCAUCCUUUACAAGCUAGAUAUGUUCAUCAGCUUGUACAAUCAAGGCUUGCUGAGAGUUCAAAUUCACUUUCUGAAGCAUAUUAUAUCUUACACUAUUUUUGUCAAUCUCUUCAACUAGAAGUACUUUAUUCUCAAACACUUCGUUUAAUUCGAGAUCGAUUAGAUGAUCACAUUCAUGUAGAUGAAUAUAUACCUGGUAAAUGUUUAUCAAUAUCAUAUUGGCGAGAAUUGACUGUAAAAGAUCCGAAAUCAGAACUUGGUUAUAAACUGACCGUUCAUGUAGACCAAAAUGAUCCUGCUAAACCUCUCGCUGUUGUUCAUGUACCUUCUUUAGGUAGCAAAGAAAAUGAAAUAGCUGAUCGAGCAAUAAGAUCUGAUCAAUUAUCUAUAGAAUGUUUACUCGUUCAUACUAUUUAUAUUAGAACGAAAACUAGACUUUCAGAACUAAAACAAGAAAUUCAAAAUAUACUUAAAGAUGUUGAUUGUACCUUGGCCGGCUCUCCAGCGAUUUUAUCUGUUCCGAUUCUGCAACCUUGUUUACGUGCUGAACUUCUUCUCAUAACUGUUGAUACACAUACAGGCAUGUUACAAUGUCAUGUACCUCAGUAUGACGUUCCACUUGUUCCAGAGUUGACAGCUGCUUUCAAUGGUGAUCAUUCGCGUUUACCAACAUUAAUUUCCGAAUUAAGAUUUUGGAUCACUCAACGACGAUGUGAGAAAACUUUACAACAUUUACCUUCUACAUCCCACGAGACAUUGCCAGUUAUAUUUUCACUUGAUCAUCCUAUGGCUAAAAUUAGUAAACACCACAUGUUUGUCCGACUUCAUCGACAUCCAACAGUAAUAUUGAUAAUCGAAUUUAAAGAGAAAAAAUCCUUUUCAUGUGAAAUUGAAUUUUUAUUUUACUUAGCUGUAGUGAAAUCUAGUUUGAUGGAAGAUGAUCCUCAUGAUGAAAAUAUUGAAACCGAAGUACCAAAAAUGUAUUUGAAAGUUCAGAGUCUAAUAGAAUUCGAUACAUUUGUUAUUACUCAUGGACCAUUUACGAGUGUCGACAGUGACAUACCUGAAAAAGGAAUAAAACGACGAAGUUCAGGAUCUUCUGGUCGUACUGAAGUAUCAUGUUCAUCACAAAAUAGAAGGCCAAAACAUCCCGCUUAUUUUAUUCCAGAAUUGGCUCAUGUCGUUGCUCUUUGUGAUGAAAGAAUUCCAUUUGUUACUUUGGCUCAAGAACUUACAAAACGAGACAUUGCGCAUCAAGGACUUCAAGUAGAUGCUAAUGCUACGGCUUUAGUACUGAAAUUAGUACAAUUACCAGCUCCAUCAUUAAAUUUAAAUGCUACCAGCGCUUGGCAAUCAUUAUUGAAACGAUUACUUAGUGUUUCAAUUCGAGUUCAAGGCAAAGGAAUGGCUAAAACAUGGCUAGCCGAAUUCGUGUUUUACAGUAGUCCUUUAACAACUAGUCAUCCGAAAGAACAAGGACUAAGAAGACCAGUAUAUUUUCAAUACGAUAUGGGAACGGCUGAAACAGUAUCGAAAACUGUAGAUUGUUUAUUGAAUGAUUGGGCACAAAUUGUUUAUCUGUAUUCAAUUGUCCAAGAUUUUACAGAAUAUCUCAAGAUUGAAAAGUAUAACUUAAGAAAUAUGGUUAGUAUAAAAUCUUACAGCUAUAGUAAAUUAAUUAUAGCUUAUGGUCCUAAUCGAGGUGCUACAGUAACCAUUUAUUGGAGUACAAAUGAUAAAGCUUUCAAACUUAUUUUCGGGAAAAGUCCAAUGAAUACAUCGAUAAAUGCACACUCAUUGAUGAAAGAACAACUUGAAGCUCAUCUCAAUCGUCAUAAAAGCUUAGCACAAAUUAUACAGAUAUUAAAUGAAACUUUACAACCUCUUAUAUCUAUUAGUAAGUUACCUAUCAUACCUCAACUAGGUGUACAUAAUUCUAGGCCUCAAGUUCCAAUUCAGACUUUUACAAUUAUGCCUCAAUGUGUAACAUUGGUAAGAAUAGCUUACCAAGGAAUGUAUUGUUUAGAACUUAAAUUACGAGGUGGUGGACUUGUUAGUAUACGAGAUGGUGCAUACAGUCGAUUUGACAGAAGUAACGUUGUAGAUGAAUUUACACCUACUCAAGGUCUAAAAACAUUUUUGUCAAAAUAUGUAGAUGAAAGCGCUGUAUUUAGACGCCGUUCACAAUCUGAAGAUGAUAAUCCACCAUCCCCAGUUUCUAUGGACACAGAUGGAACUGGGGGAGUUGGUUUUAUGAGUCACCACAGAAGUGGUCCUCAAUCUCCUGCUCAACAACGUGAUGGUUUGAGAUUUCAUCCACCUUUGACACCUCCAUCUGGUAGUAACCCUCAUACUCCGGCUAGUCCUCAUACAGUUAAUAUUUCACAAGCGAAUCAGCAUCAAAGUUUUGGUAGCAGUCCUGCUACGUCUUUUAAUUUGGCAUCACCACCUUCAUUACCACCAAACACCCCUAAUAUGUUACCUCAUCCAUCACCUGGCUCAGGACUUGUUGCCAAUAGUCCUUUAAAUCCAAUGCAUGUACCAAGCCCGGCUGGAUUAAUGCCAACAUCAUCGCCUGGACCUUGUAGUAAUGUUCAAGUGGGUCAUUCGCCAGCAAGCUCUUUUAUGCAAGCUGGUCACAUUGAUGGUAGUCCUUUUCCAUCCUCUCAAAGUAUGGCUUCUCCUGCUGCAUCAAAUUGGCCUGGAUCUCCAAGUGUACCGAGACCAUCACCUGCACGACCUGGACAAAGUCCAGGUCAUGUAGCUUUACACAGUCCUCAAGCAUCAGAUCACAAAGCUGGGACUCAUAUAUCUCGAGUUUUGCCUCAAAGAUCUUGGGCUGGAGCAGUUCCAACACUAUUGACUCAUGAAGCUUUGGAUUUACUUUGUACUCCUUCACUUCAUCCUGCAGGUCUACCUGGACCCGAUCUAUCACCUUUGGAAAGAUUUUUAGGAUGCGUCUAUAUGCGGAGACAAUUACAACGAUUUAUUCAAUCAGAAGAUUGUCUAACUUCAAUUAACAGUACAGAACCAGGAGUUGUACAUUUUAAAGUUGAAACUUUACAAUGUCGUGUCGGUUUAAAUCCUCAACAUUUACAAUCGCUUCACAUUAAAAUUCAACCACUACCUGAGCAUAAAGAACAGUGGACUCCUGAAGAACUACAAAUUAUCGAAAAAUUUUUUGAUAUCAGAGCCGCUGCUCCACCUUAUAAACCUAAUACACUUUCAGGUUUUGGUCGAAUGUUAAAUGUUCCUUUGAAUGUUCUUAAAGAUUUUGUCCAAAUAAUGAAAUUAGAAUUAAAUUCUAAUAUGGUACAACAGCAUCAAUUUAAAUGGUCGGUUCAGUGGUGUUUAAGAAUACCACCUUCUGCGACACCAAUUGUUCCUACAGGAAUGGCAGCAGUUCUUGUCUGUCGAAAUAAAAUACUUUUCUUCUUACAAAUAACGAGAAUCGGAAUGCCUUAUCAAGGAGAACCACCAUCGUUAGUUUUACCGCUAGUUUAUGAUGUUUCAACAAAUAUAACACAACUUGCCGAAAAACGAGAUCCCGGUCCAGGAUCGGCUACAGCUGCUGCAUCCAUGCAACUUAAAAGAUUUGCAGAAUAUGCAAGUUUAUCUGAGUGUUCACUUUUUCCGGCGAUUAGAGAUCUAUUAACUAAUCUUACACUACCGUCUGAACCAUCAGUUAUCUCGCAGGGUCUCGCAUCUACAGCAAGUGGUCAAGUGACAUCUACACAACAAAUUCAGAGCCCAGCCAUGCAAAUGCAUUCAACAAUGACUAGUGUUCAGAGCCAACAACCACCAGGGCCUUAUGGAAUGCAGGGUAUGACUACACUAGGUAUGAUAGGAGUACCUCCACAAUAAAAACAAAUAUAUACAUUUUAUCUUUCAUUGACGAAAUUUUUUAUUCAGAAAUGAUCUUAUCGAGUUAACUAAACUAAGACUAUUAAUUUUGUUUGAUUUAUUAUAAUAAUCAGUCAGUGUCAAAAAUUGAAUGAAAAA